AUGGGGUCCGUCGAAGAGCCAGCGUACUUCUACAAGAGUGUCUCUCAAAGUCCCGCAGGGUCGAUGGUAACCUCCGCCCGGGGAAUGUAUCUGACGCUCGAGAAUGGCCAGGAAUUACUUGACGCUACCUGCGGAGCUGCUGUGUCUGCCAUCGGUCAUGGCCAUGAGCGUGUCAAGAAAGCCAUCAUUUCCCAGUUGCAGCAAGUCGAGUACUGCCACCCAGGCUAUUUCCCCAAUGUUCCCGCGGUGCAGCUGGCCGAGUAUCUCGUUCAGUCGACCGAGGGCCGCAUGGCCCGUGCUUGCAUUCUUGGGUCCGGUUCCGAAGCCGUUGAGUCGGCCAUGAAGCUGGCCCAGCAGUACUGGGCCGAAUUGACACCGAACUCCCCUCGUACGCGGUUUAUAGCAAGAAAGGGAUCCUGGCAUGGAUGUACUCUGGGUGCCUUGUCUCUAGGUGAUUUUAAGCCCCGCAAGGCUCCAUUCGACAACAUCUUGCAUGGGAAUGUCUCGCACGUCUCGGCUUGUGACCCUUACCAUGGUCUCGGCGAAGGAGAAACCAUUCAGGCCUAUGUGGAGCGCUUGAAGCAGGAGCUGGAAGACGAACUCCAGCGAGUCGGCCCCGAGAACGUCGCUGCUUUCUUCCUAGAGCCCGUUGUUGGCACGGCCCUGGGCUGCGUGGCCGCCCUUCCGGGAUACCUCCAGGCCAUGAGAGAGGUUUGCGACCGUCACGGCACACUCUUAAUCUUCGACGAAGUGAUGUGCGGCAUGGGUCGCACAGGAACUCUGCAUGCUUGGCAAGCGGAUGGAGUUGCUCCAGAUAUCGAGAUCGUUGGCAAGGGACUUGGAGCUGGGUAUGGUCCGAUUUCGGCCGUCUUGAUCAACGAACGAGUAAUCAGCGGCCUGAAAGCCGGUAGCGGCUAUUUUCUGCACGGACAGACAUACAUGUCUCACCCCUUGGGUUGUGCUGCUGCGCUGGAGGUCCAGCAUAUUGUUCAGGAAGACAAUCUGGUUGAGAACGCCCGCAAGAUGGGUGAUCACCUUGGCCGACAGCUGAAGCUCCACCUUGGGGGCCACCCAUAUGUGGGAGACGUGAGAGGACGGGGCCUCUUUUGGGCUGUUGAAUUUGUGGCUAAUAAACAGACGAAGGCAUUCUUGGACCCCAAGCUCGCCCUCAGCAAGCGCCUGCAAGUCAAGGGUAUGCAGGAGGGCUACGACAUCUGCAUGUUCGUGGCUACCGGAGCGGCAGAUGGAUGGAAUGGCGAUCACUUCUUGUUGGCGCCUCCAUACAAUGUGACCACUGAGGAUAUUGAUGAGAUUGUUCACCGAGUGGUGAAGGUGAUUGACAGUGUCUUCGAAGAUCUAGCUCUCGCUCUCUAAGACGAACGACUUCAACGCC